CCGAGAUAAGCGACGGUGCUUUGGGCAAUCGGACAGACCUUUUAACGCGCUGACAUUUCGGAUUGAUAUUAUCGCCAAGUCGAUACUUUUGUUUAAUUCAAUUCCAUUAUUAUUAUUUUAAUUAUUAUUUAGAAUAUAUAUUUUUUUUGACGCCUAAAGUUUUUUCUGUAACGCAUUUGCAACAUUAAUGUCUGAGCGGUUUGCGAAAAUGAAUCAAGGCUUUGCGAAUACCCGGUCGUAUCGUUUGCAGGUGAGGUGUUCGCUGUGCAAACGGGUGUUCUGUUGCCUGAAACACAGACACGAUCACGAGCGCCGGGAACACGCGUUGAUAGUGGCCACGCCGGCCGCGUUGAUCAAGCGCCGGUUCCGGCCGGUGGCUCCGGUGCCUAAAAGACUACAGGCGGCCAACUCGGCAGCCCCGGCCACGGGCUCGUCGUUGUGGUCGGCCAACGGACGCAAGCGACACCGGACGCCGGCCCCGGUUGCCGCCGAACAGGAACGGCCGUCGUUGACGGACAGCGGUGUCCGCAUGAAGGAGACGCCCGUCCGGCGGCAAGUGUUGAGGGCCCGCAGGUCCAGCGUGGGCGGCAUGCGGCUCAUGCUGCGUCCCGUGGCGGAGAGCAGUCCCGCGAUUCCGUACACGCCGUACACGCCGUACACGACAGCACACCAAAACGAUACCGUUUGCAAAGUCGAGGAUGCCGUCACGCCCGUCGUCGUACCGUCGGAAAACGCCAGUCCCAGUUUCUAUCAAACGCCCAUGCAGCAGACGCCUAUGCAGCAGACGCCCGGCCAUGCCGUCUUGCCCGACGGGACGCCCGUCAGUCAAAAGGCCAAGAAACGGGUUUCUUUCGGUCCGGACUCCACGCACAAAGGUUUCUUCUGGACCAACGUGGCCCGCCGCGUCCGGAUGGCGUUGCGGCCGGCCAAGCCUAAGGUCCACGACAAGAGUCCAUCGCCGACGGUGGAUUGCGUGGAAACGGCCCGUUACUAUAACAACAUCCAGCCACGACGUCCCAUCAACGAAGAAACCACAUUGCCCGAACUAGACGCAAGGCCGUCGCUGGAGGCCAUCAGAAUGGCCCACGAAGCCGCCGUCAAGGCCACGCUUAGCGCUAGCUCGGAAUCUCAUUAGGCUGUUCUUUAAUUCAAAUAUAUAUUUUUUUUUAAUAAUUAUUAUAUUUUAUAAAAAAAAAUGAAUUCUAUCAUCAUCAUAAUCUUUGUAGUGGCUUAUUUAUUAUGUGUUGUUUGGAUAUUUUUAUAUUGUUCAUGACAUGACGGCCACCAAAAAAAAAAAAAUGUAUAUUUUAAACAAUUAUGAUUGUACACUAUUAAUAUAUUAUUAUCGUUUUUUAUUUAGUAUUAAUAUAACUUUAUGAUUGCUGUAUUGAUAACAAUAAUUUUUAU